UCGCCAGAUCCUAAAUCAUGUCUCGUCCGACUGCCGGUCUGUUCGACCUUCGUGGCCAAAUUGGCUUUUACGCCCAGUACCACCACAACACCUGGAACAAGCUCAUCCACAUUGUCUGCGUUCCGCUGCUGCUGUGGACACCCAUGAUCUGGCUCGCUCGCACUGGCGCGAUUGCCGCCCUGCCCGCUGGCGUCCAGUCCUUUGCCGCCGGCUUUGGCCUCAACCCCGUCUUUGACGGCGCAAUGGUGCUCGCCCUCUUCUACGGCACCUACUAUGCCAUCCUUGAGCCCGUUGCUGGAACUGUCGCCGCUGGUAUCCUGCUCGCCGGCGCUUACUCUGCCACGUACGUCUCGUUCAACGUCGACAACGUCAUCAAUCUCUCGAUUGGCCUCCAUGUUGUCUGCUGGAUUGCCCAGUUCAUUGGCCACGGUGUUGCCGAGAAGCGUGCGCCUGCUCUGUUCCAGUCCCUGUUCCAGUCGCUCGUCCUCGCUCCCUUGUUUGUUUGGCUCGAGGUCCUCUUCGCUUUCGGCUACCGCAAGAGCCUUGCCAAGGAGAUCAACAUUCAAGCCAUCAAGGACAUCAAGACCUUCCGCGAUUCUCAAAAGAACAAGGGCAAGUAACUGCUGCAGCUACGCCUCGAGUCGCUCGUUUGUUGGUGGCGCGUUAAACCCUCUCGGAUGUUUUCUGUGGAAGAAUUCUGCUCGAAUCAAACGAGACAAAAACGCUCUUGUAUUUUUUUGUUUUUGUUGUUUCUUUUGUUUUCACGACCACAUCGAUCAAUGUAACCAUUUGCAAAGCCA